AUGAGUUCCAAGCCUAUAACCGGCACGCCUGGCGUUGCCAGCGCUGCGCCAAAACUCGAGAAGAAGCCGGUCAAGUUUAGCAAUUUGUUGCUCGGUGCUGGUCUCAACAUAGUAACAACUCUGGGACAGCCGUUGGAGGUCGUCAAAACCACAAUGGCUGCCAACAGGUCUGAAGGUUUCUCGGGUGCUAUUGGCCGCAUUUGGGCCCGUGGAGGUGUUCUUGGCUUCUACCAGGGUCUCAUUCCGUGGGCCUGGAUCGAAGCCUCCACCAAGGGAGCCGUCCUCCUGUUCGUUGCUUCGGAAGCCGAAUACUACGCUAAGUCGUUUGGUGCGCCCGACUUUCUCGCCGGUAUCUCCGGAGGAAUGACGGGUGGUCUUGCGCAGGCCUAUGCCACUAUGGGCUUCUGUACUUGCAUGAAGACAGUCGAGAUUACAAAACACAAGGUCGCCGCCACUGGCGCAAAGCCCCCGGGUACUUUGGAAACCUUCAUGCAGAUCUGGCGCACUGAGGGUAUCCGCGGUAUUAACCGUGGUGUCAAUGCCGUCGCCGUGCGCCAGGUAACUAACUGGGGUUCCCGCUUCGGUCUGUCCCGUGUCGCCGAGACCGGUAUCCGAAAGGUCACCCACAAGGAACAUGGCGAGAAGCUGAGCGUAAUUGAGAAGAUCACUGCCUCGGCUCUCGGUGGUGGGUUGAGCGCGUGGAAUCAGCCCAUUGAGGUUAUCCGCGUGGAGCUCCAGUCCAAGACUGUUGACCCCAACCGGCCCAAGAACCUGAACGUUGCCUCGGCGUUCAAGUACAUCUACUCGAACAAUGGUAUCAAGGGUCUUUACCGUGGUGUUACUCCCCGAAUCGGACUUGGCGUUUGGCAGACGGUUUGCAUGGUUGCUUUGGGUGAUGUCGCAAAGGAGGCUGUUGAGAAACUUACUGGCGACAAGUUCGACCCUCACACACCGUCGCCAUUGUUGUGUUCAUGGCGUUGCGACUUGACCGCAUUCUCGCAGCGGCACAACCUGUACUUUCUUGCGGCCACAGAUACUUUGCACGUCUAUCAACCAGGUUUCCCAGAACAAAGCUUGACUAAGGAACCCAGCCUUGUCCUUCAUCCACCUAAGACUGGUCAUCGAGGGCAAGGUAUCGAUCCUUGGGAGCCUCAUUCCAUCAACCGCGUUCUUGUUGAAUACCUUGGUAACGAAGAGGUUCUUCUUGUCACCUGCGAUGAUGGCGAUGUAAUUGGCUAUCGCACCGAAGCAAUCUACCGAGCUUUGCAACGAGGAAGCGAUCAAGGUGAGUCUGCUAGCGAGGAUGACGUUCACAUCUUCCUCCAUCGAAACGUUGGCGCUAGCGCAUGGGGCUUAGCUGUGCAUCGAGAGGCUCGAAUCAUUGCCAUUAGCGCGAACACACAUCGAAUCACUAUCAUUGCGUACGCGCUCUCCUCAAGGUCUACCUCGCGGUCACCUUUCUGUAGAAAAAACGAGACCAUCUUUCAUCUUUCCGCCACAAACAACCUACCAUCAUUGUCGUUUUACGGCAGUUCUGGACGUUGGCUUCUGAGUAGCUGCAUCAAUGGCAAGACAAUACUAUGGGAUCUUCAUACGAGGAAAGAAGCAGCUAAUUACCAAAUGGGAUGGUGCAGAAGUGCGGAGAAUCUGAACUCCACUCCCCGCUAUGAAUCACGAGGAUUUACGUGCAAUUGCCCGGCUGCUUCAAACGUGCUGCACGGAGCUUGGGGCACAAUAGCACUGGAUACAACAUCAGCAUACUACUUACUACCCACAGAAGAAGAGGAAUUGGAAAUCAAGGAUGAGCCAAAAAGCUUUCAGGAUGCGACUGCUCAGAAGAAGAGGUUCACGGUUGCAGCUCUCAACCCAUGCAUCCCGUACACGGAGCCAAGCGAAAGCGAGGACGAACAGAGUGACCUAGGCGACGAGGAUACAGAUUCUAUGGAAGGUCAGUCACAAGGGGUCCAACCACUCGAUUACGUUCAAGGAAUAUCUCGUACGCACUGCCCUCAUAUUUACUAUUCAAGACCUAAAUCUAAAACAUCGCAGGCUGAAGGAGGAGAUGUCGAUAUCCCUUUUCUGAUUCUUACGAAAGAAGAGAUCUUUCUCGUCCAGCGUGCCUUUGCAACAAACACGACGAGUAUAAUCAGUCAGGUUGUAUCCAUACAGCGCCCGCUGCAUCCCGGCGAGUGGAUACCAUCGCUCGCAUCGCAAGACCGGCACUGCUACUUCUCUCAGAUCCCCGAGCUGGGCGUCUUCAUUGUGGGGUCGCCUAGUGGUCGUGUGGCUAUAUUCUCACUCUACUGGACCAAGGACCAAGGCAGUGUGCACCGACGAUAUGGCUUCAAACUUGAAUACCUGCUGCCUUUUAAACAGGAGAAUGAGAAUCAGAUUCCCGGUGCGCCGAUGGGACGGUUGAUUGGUGUGGCGGUUUCUCCGGUCCAGGGCAUGUUUGAUGGACCGGGAGAUGCAGAUGGUACUGCCGAUCAGGAUCAAGGCGUGCAUCAGCCGAGACGAUGGCGCAUUCUCAUGUAUUACAUAGAUCAUACGGUGUUAAGCUUUGAGUUGUCGAAGCCGAGGGAGAGCGAGUCGCCUGAUUUGGAGGAGUUGGUUGUAUAG